CUGGCGCUUACUGCUCAUGCCUACGAUAGACGAUAGUCGAGCGAGGGCUGGUGCGAGACUUGUCGAGCGUGCGCUCUUUGUUUCCUGUUGUUCCAAGAUGGCGACCAGCGCUGUGAGUACGACAGACCGAUUUUACUUCACUAAAGAACAGUUGCAAAAUACGCCGUCAAGAAAGAACGGGAUUGAUCCAGAGAAAGAGCAAAGUUACAGGCAACAAGCGGCAACGCUAAUCCAAGACAUGGGGCAGCGUCUCUCUGUGAGCCAGCUGACAAUAAACACAGCCAUCGUUUACAUGCACAGAUUCUACAUGUUUCACUCUUUCAACAAAUUCCAUCGAAACGCUUUGGCACCUUGUUGUCUGUUCCUGGCUGCUAAAAUCGAAGAACAACCACGCAAACUGGAACAUGUUAUCAAGGUGGCACAUGCUUGCCUACACAGAGAUGGCCCCCCACUGGACCUCAAGAGUGAAGAAUAUCUGCAGCAAGCUCAGGAUUUGGUUGAAAAUGAAAGCAUUCUUUUGCAAACUCUAGGAUUUGAGAUUACUGUUCAUCAUCCUCACACAUAUGUGGUCAAGUGUAUACAGCUGGUCAGAGCAAGCAAGGACCUUGGCCAGACCUCGUACUUCAUGGCCACCAACAGCCUCCACCUGACCACCUUGUGUCUGCAAUACAAGCCGCCAGUCGUCGCUUGUGCAUGCAUCCAUCUUGCAUCCAAAUGGUCCAACUGGGAGAUUCCUCAAUCAAAUGAUGGCAAAGAUUGGUGGGAAUACAUCGACUCUAGUGUCAGCAAAACAAUGUUAGAUGACAUUGCACAAGACUUUCUGAAAGUCAUGGAAAAAUGCCCCAACAGACUGAAGAGAAAGAUCAGCUCUGUCGCCAACCUCAAGGGCGUAUCACACAGCAAGGUGAAAGGAGAAUCAAGCAAAACAAGCAAUGGGGCAGCAAGCACUAGCUUGGGUAAUUCAUCAAUGGCUUCGAUUCACAAUAGCCUGGACGGAGCACAUAACGGGUAUGCUUCAUACGAUGGAUCAUACUUCACAAAUGACUUGGACGGAAAGGCAGCGCAUAAGCCAAAACCUGAGAAGGAUAGGGAAAAGGAAAAAGAGAAACGAAAGGAAUCGUCUCUGGGUAAACUCAAACCCUUGCCAGUUUCCUCUACAGUGACUGCAUCAAGCGGGGCAAGUUCCUCGGCUGCUAGCACAGCCAUGCCUCCCCUGCCACCGCUUCCUCCUCUAACGUCAAAAUAUGCAACUGUUACUACGACAGUAGCGAGUCAAUUAACACCAGGGAGUGACGCAAAGAUUUCUACGUCUACGGCGCAUUCUACGUCUGGGGCGUCACUGGUUACAAAAGAGUCUUUGUCGUCGCGCGGCAAACACAGACACCAUCAUCAAGAGGAUGGGCAACCUGCGAAGAAGCACAAAUCUUCGCACAAUCACUCGCAACGCCCGCACUCUUCCUCGCAUCGCAAGUCCAGCGCGUCGUCUCAGUCGUCAGAUUCUUCCCCGACUAAAAGCGUCAAGCACUCUCAUUCAUCGUCUCAGCACAAAAGCUCCAGCCAUGCUGUGAAGCCGUCGCAUCCGCUUCAUCACUCUCAACCCGGUCACUCGUCUUCUCAAGCUUCCUCUCAUUCUUUGCAUUUGCACUCUUCCAAGAAACCUCACCCAUCGUCCCACCACGCGUCGUCAAGCCACAAGCCGCCGUCUCACCACGGGCACGGUCACAAGUCCUCAUCUGGUACACCGCAACCGUCUAAAAAACAUUCUUCGAGUUCAGUAAAACCACCAGCAAUGGUUGUCCCAUCGCAACCCGCGGGUAAACCAAUGACGCCCCCACCGCCCCCACCCCCUCCUCCAUCCAUGGACUUAAGCAUGCUCUCCUCGUUAAACGCACCAGCUACACUGGGUGGUUUUCCAAGCGCGGAAAUUCAACCUCCUCUUCCUGGUGGGCAGUUUACGGCGCAAUUUUUGCAAUCGCCUGCUUUUCCGUCUGGUUUGAUGCCAGGAAUGAUGCCAGGAAUGAUGCAAGCAAUGGCCCCCCCUCCACCACCCCCAGAGCCUGAACCAUCAUCACCCCCACCACCACCCCCUCCGCCCUUACCAUAACAUCAGGGGGCAGACUGGAGCUGUUUGGUAUAUGGACUUGAAUGAUUUUGUUCUUCACAUGGGAAAUGUUGGUGUAUCCUUCACCUAGACACGUCGCGAAUGGUGCAUCUUCCAUUGUUUCUUUUGGGUUUAUAAUUUACCUCCUUUAGUGUUUCAAACCUUAGUAGACCAUUAUUUUGAACUUUGAUUUUAGGGAAAUUUUGUGCAACAGAAAAAAAUGGCAUAAUAUCUAUUCUUGCGACAUCUCUGGCGCUUUGAAAGUUUUUGAGAUUUCGGAAAGGAAAGAGUUCUGAUUAUUAAUCAACUGAAGUGCUGUCACACUGCUUUGACCCAAUCCCUGUAAACAAGUCCUUUGAUAAGUCGUGGAACCAGAACUGUUAAGGCUUGAAAAAGAGCCGUUUAAACAAAGUGAAUGAGAAAAAACAUGCUAACAAGCUGACGGGGAUUACAACUCUUAAAAAUGCUAUUUGCGUAAGAAGCCAUAAAAGAAGGGAAGGUCCUGUAAAUAUGAUGCUAUUUUUUUCCUGUUUCUUUUUUUUUCUGUUUCUUUUUUUUUCUGUUGAAAAGAUUGUGAGAUGUUUCCGAUGUAUGUUGCACAAAAGUGAUACACUUUUUAGUUUCUGGUAAAUGUUUCCAGUCUCCUGAUUUAAGGAACUUUUUUUUUAUGAGAGUACUGGUAAAAAAUUGCUUUUCUCCCUAAACGGUGUUUAUAAGAGUUGUCAUUUCCCCGAAAUAGGUCACUUUCUGUUUGCAGUUGCAAUUCAGUUUAUACUUGUGCUGUUUAUCUGAGGCCCAUUACCCACAGGGGAUUAUGGCUGAAAGUGAAGUUUCUCCGGAGGUUGGACUUGUGUAUUGGUUCAAAAUCAUGUAUUUGUGUUUUUUUUUUUUAUAAACUUGUUACUUGUAGAAAAUUCAUGGAAGGAAAUGUUACGCCAUUGUAUCAGCUGUGAAAAGAAUGAAGUUUACCAAACAAAAUCACACAAAAAAAAAAUUAAAAAUUUGCAAAAUUCGGUAAAGAGACCAUGGGUAGAAGCAUUUUUGUAUUAUUUAAAUUUCGAAUUGGAUAAGACAGCAGAAAUGAACAGAAAUUUAAUUUAAACUAUUUACUAUCAAUAUAUGAUGAUUGCAAAAUGCAAGUUAUUUAGUUACAUUAUUGCACAUCUUUAAAACAAGAGAUUAUGCAGAGAUAAUAAGCGCUCGCCGGAGGUCUUAUGUUUUGCGAUUUUAGGAGCUUUUCUUUUGUUGGCCCUGAAAAUGGUCAAAAUAGGCAAAUGCCUUUGUAUCCACACAGAAUGAGGUAUACGUUGUUAGUAUUUCAAGCAAAAGUAAUACGCGACGCUUAAAUUGAGAGAUAACGCGUCAAGGCACGUUACACAGAAUAGUUUAUUUUUGAUUAUCAUAAGAUAUCAGAUGAUAAGGUAUUGUAUGUGAUUAACUAUUAAUUUAUUUUGAAAACAGGCAUCGUGUAAAGACGUAAAGAAUGCGAAUUGUGUGUGAGUGUAGAUAACUGGUAAUAUAAACUCUGCAUUGUAUUGAUAACUUGUUAUUGCAGUGAGAAACUGAAGUGAUAUUGAAAACCAGGCAAAAAUUGUUACUUUUCUAAUUUUUCUUGAAAUCAUUACAUUAUUAAGCAUGCAAAUUACGAGGAUAACAAGAGUGAGGGAAGGAAACAUUCCUGAAGGAACAACGUCUCGGGAUGACCAUCUUGAAUUUUUGAAGCUUGAAAAACAAAAUUGCAGUUGGCUGGCAAUCCGUCUCAAUCUUUUCCUAUAUUAGCCAUCCUUGUCUCUGUUUUGUUUAUAAUUACUUCUUAAGUGUUCACCUACCUUUAAAAAGUACUAUUUUGCGGUUUCCUUCUGUUUGAAGGUAACUAUUUGUGUCGCGAAAAAGAUUCAGUGUGUCGAGACGUAGCUCCUUUGGCGGCUCCAUAUGUUAUACAUUGUACUGAAGCAAGCUGUGAACGAACUGCCCAUUUAUAGUGACUUUUGUGAUUUCCCGCCCUUUCUAGUGAUUGGUUUAAUAGUCCGGUUUUCGUCUCGUAAAUUGGUUCUAUCCACCUCAUUCCCAGUGUCUUCUCCUUUCGUCCAGACAGAGUGAACACUCUGGCACCGAGGUACAAUUGCCUAACCCCUCUCUGUUCGCAAUAUUUGUGUUAUAACGAAACACUGCUAUAUUUUAAUUUGAGCACUUGUACAGGUCUCGAGCUCUGGAAGCUUAUCUGAUUCGUUACAAAUUGCACGCAAUGUUGAAUAAUUUUGGUUGAUACUUUUCCGGAAACUUUGCUGGUCAAAGAAUGAAUUAUUUGUCUGUUUAUAUGAGCCUUCCAGAGUUUCUGCUGGUAAUUUAAAAUAUGAAGGUACUUAACGUAGAGUUCACAUUAGUUAAGUUACAAACAGUAAUUACUAAUACUGUAUAGUGACUGAAUCGAAAAUAUAAACUUCCAGUAGUUCAUUCAGUAAUUUAACUAGUUAUAAAUUCAUAACGAGAAAAGUUUCUUUCUUUUAUAGGAAGAGCAUUUCUGAUCCGUUGAGCCAUUGUUAGUUGGUUCUGCUGACAAUAAUUUAAAGGUUACUCGUGAAAUUCUUUGAUGUAUUAAACGUUACUGAAUAGGAAAUAGAAUUCUAUUUGCAUGUA